AUGCAAAGGUGUAGUAGAAAAAAUCAAAAGAUCAAAUACUCGGAUUGUAUUGCCAAAGCCAUAUACUUCCUUGUUCAGCUACUUGCGGUACAGCAAGUAUACGCUCGCAUAGGGCUGGAUGGAAUAGAAGAUCUGCACAAGCAUAAUAUAGACACUAUUGACAAAAAAAAGAUGGUUAUUAACCCAGAAGGCCCACUCAGCCUGCUACGGCCAUACAUCAGCAAAGAAGGCGGGUUCCUGCAUAACAAGCGGUUUUUCUCGCCCGAAAUAAAGAUAAGCUAUAGCCUGGCCACUGAAGAAGGUCAAGGAGUAGCAGAAAACAAAAGAAACAGCCACAUGGAUGCGCCAUAUGAAAACCCCUCAGCGUACAUCAAGGGCUACCACUCUGCGCUGAUUGAAAUGUUUCCGUCCCAAAGUAACAUUCUGUCUAUUUUUACUUCUGUAAACCGUGCAUUUAUCACGUUUCUGAGAAGCAGUGAGGUGUCCGAGCAUGCAGACACAAUUCUUGCUGCGCUGCUCCUUCUCAGUGAGGGAGUCAACAUUCCGCUUUACUUUGAGGGAGGGAAGAAAACGAAGAAGCUCAUUCUGAAAAACACAGCAGGCAGUAAAAUGGACUUUUCACUAAACACUCGUGUUCUAUGCACUACGGUUAAUAAAAACAUGGAAGAGACUGAAGAAAAAUUCUAUCAGAACGAAGCUAUAGAAGUCAUUCAGUUUUUUAUAAACAGCAGGGAAUGUCCAAGCAUACAGAGAGAGGAUGGCGAGUAUGCAGAGCCCACAAGCUUUGAAAACUUUAUGCAGGGCGCGUUUCUAAAUAACGCGAGAUGGCUUAUCCAGUGCUACAUAUUUGAGUAUAUAGGAACACCGCAGCAAAUAUGCGCGCUCGCUCAAAAGGUGUAUGAUUUGCUGUCUUUGCAGAUCCAGAGCAGCAGCAACUCUGCGAAUUCGAAAGAAAAGGCAGAUCUGGUUCUUAAAAAGUGCUUUGUGCCUGCAGACGGUCAUUUGGAAAGCCUGAAAUAUGUGCAAGCUGUGAAGAAAAUACAAGUGGCCACCCACCGCCUGGGCCUUCUUCCUUUUUCAACCAAAGAGGAUCUGCCACAAGAGAAGUCCAACGUGCCUUUCUAUAUAGAAUCAUCUGAGUUUGCUAAAAAACAAAAGGGCACAUUCACUGACUGUGUGGAGAACGCUAUACUUACUCUUUUCUGCUGCUUUGCAUAUGAUCCAAAGAGACAGGGAUACACAACCGAACACAUGCCAUCUGCAUCAGAUAGGCUAAAUGUCUUUUUCAGUGACUACAGCGACAUGUUUGGAUCUGGCUCUCAGUACGUGCACAAUGACUGGAAUCGUGUGGUAGCAUGUCUACAAAACGAGAAAAUUGUGUACGUUAAGAAAAACAAAAAUGAACUUGAGGCGUGCAUCUUUAACAUCCUCUAUGUGAUUGCAGAGAUUACAAAUCAGAGCUCUGAUAAGAUGAAGGAACUAGACGAUAUUGUAUCCAAAUUCAAAAAAGGCAAAAACAUACUCAAUAUCUAUAAAAGUGUUGAAAAAUAUGCAAAUAGUCUAUUUAGAUCACUCUUAAAAGAAGACAGCAUGAAAGGCAUAACUAUUGAUAUUGAGUCUCCAUUAAAACAAAAUGCGAUAAAGGGCUUAGAGAAAAGAGAAUAUCUAUACGGAAACAUAACACUAAAUUACAGCUGUAACAAAGAGACAGAGGCAAUUUGCAUAUCUGUAGAGCCCAAGCAUGCUGAAGUGGCAUAUCCUCCGCAGGAAAAAGAUCAGAUGACACCAGAAGAUAUAGCAAGUAUAGAAAACACUAUUUUGCAGAUAAAAGAAACUCUUGCCCGGGAAGAAACCUUCACCAGCUGUAUGGCUAUUUACUAUGCAGAGCAGAUGGUAAGAAGUCUCAAAGAAAGCGUGAUGUCUUCUCAAAUUGCAGCUAUACAGCAGGUGGGAAGGGAUAUGUUCCGGGGAAUUGAAGGAAUCUUUUUAUUCGGGAAAAUAGACGAGAUAGAGCAGAAAAAAGAGAUUGUGUCGUGCGUUGUAAUGCAUAUAUUUGAGAAAAACAUGGGUGCUGACAGCUCUAUUGUGCGCUUUAUCUCAAAUGUUGUUGGAAGCAUGGAUUUGCUUGACAUGAAUGUUAAAAAAAACUUCCUUCCAAUUCUUCGGUAUAGUAAAGAGUACAAUGAGUACUAUCCUAGCAUAGACCUAAAUACGGAGAGCAUGCGCAAGCAUACAUACUCAACUAAGGAAACCCCGCGGGCUCUUCAGCAUGUGCUUAGCCGGCAGUCACCAGAUAUUCUCAUGAAAUGGAUAGAGCGAAUAGUUUCUCUAAAAACAGAUUCAGGGGUGUUUAAUCUUCCUUUUUCUUUUAGAUGGCUGUCCACAGAGGAGAAAAACUGUCUAAUAGCGCUAAUAACAGAAAAUGGCAAGAGCUGCAGUAAUAUGCAUAGAAUUGCGAGUAUGUUAGAAUCAAAAAAAGACUGCUUUAAGGCAUGUGAAGCGGAGAUUACUCAGCUAUGGGUUACGUGGAUUUGCCUUGCAUGCCAAAUGGAAGGGUACUCAGAGAUUAUAAAAGAAUGCUUUAACUCAAUUGACACCAAGCAAAAGAAUAUAACCAUCCCGGAAAUAGGAGAUUCGAAAUAUUUAGAAAAGACUUUAGAGGUUCUGGACAGUAUGCAUGGUGAUUUAGGUGUAUCAAGUGAUAAAGAGAUGUUAUUUAGAGUUAUUUGGGAUGCCUACGUAACAAAACUAGAAGAGGUUUAUGAAAGAGAAGAAGAAGAAAAGGGAGUUAUGGAUUGUUCCAACCCAAAUACUUUAGAAGAAGAUAUGGAGGGUUCCGAACCCAAAUUAGAAAUGGAUCAAUCCAUAGAAUAA